CGGCCGGCCUUGGCAGCGGCGACCUCGGCGACGAAGUGGAGGAGCUAAGCUCCAUCGGCGGCCGUGGCUCCAUUGCCGGCCGGGCUGGAUCGGGCGGCGUGGGCGGCGGCCGUGGCCGGGUUGCGUUGAGCGCCGGUCGUGGCCGUGCUGCCCUAGGCGCCGGCCGUGGACAAGGUGGCCUGGGCGCAGGCCAGGGCAUGUCCGAUCUUGGCAGCCAGGCCGGCGAAGAGAUGGCACAGCGCAAAGGCAAGAGGAACGUGCAAGAUACGGGUGAUUCAAUUGAUUGGACUAAUGCAAAUACGGUGCUUAUAUGUUCGUUGUUUGCCAAACAAGUUAACAAAGGGAAUAGACCGAACACCCAUUUGAACUCAGUAGGUUAUGAUGAGGUCAUAGAGGAUUUUUUCAACCUCACAGGAAUUCGUUUGUCCAAGCGGCAAACGAAGAACAAAUGGGAUAAGUUGAAACCCGAUUUUUUAGCUUGGAGGAAAUUAAUGAGGAAGCAAACAGGGCCAGGAUGGGAUAGAGCAAGAGGUGUUAUUGAUAUGGAUGAUGAGUGGUGGAAGAAGGCAAAAGCGGAAAUUCCAGGUUGUGGAAAGUUUAGGAAAAAACCAUUGCAAAACGAGGAUGAUUUGUCAGUGAUAUUUGGUGAUAUAAUUAAUGAUCAAUCGGAUCAUUGGAAUCCUAUGAGCUCUAAUCCCAUCAUUCCGCCAUCUCAAGAGGUGCCUGGUGACGGUGACAGUGGUAAUUUGCAUGAGUUCCCUGAUGAUUGUGACCAUGAUUCUGCUAUCGGGGAUGAAUCAGAUUAUCCCCAAGAGAUUUCUCCUUCUCCUACCAUUCUGUUGGCAAACAAAAGAAACCAACCAGCCAAGAAACCAAGAAUAGGCACAGCACUAGUUAUUCAAGAGCAAGUAACUAAGAUUGCUGAGUCGGCCUCUUCUUUUACACCUAAAAAAUUAGGUGAAGUCACUAUCCAACAAGUCAUGGACCUAGUGUUGGAAUGUGGAGCAGGCUACGAUACAGAUGAGCACUAUAUUGCAACAGAGUUAUUUGUGAAGAAGGACCAAAGGGAAAUGUUCAUGACCUUACCUACAAAUGAGAUUAGAUUUAAUUGGCUUCGCAGGAAGUACAAUGCCAAGUAUAGCAAUUGAGGAAUAAAAUUCUUGCCAUGUUUUCUUUUUCUUUAUUUGAACUAUUUUCAUUUUAUUUAUGUUUUGUCAUUUGGUCAUUGUGGUCUGUACCAAACUAUUGUCAUUUCAACUAUUAUUGUGUGAUCACUA